UGGGACAGGGAAGGGUUAAAGGGGCGAGGAGGCGUUUCCGGCCUGCUCCAGGGGGUUGGCGGUUGCAGCUGACUCCUCCUGGCCCGAAGAACUGAAAGCAGCCGGGCAAGCCAGUAGCCACAUCGACUGAAUCUCGCCAAGGGAAGGAGCCUGUUACGUGUCGCUCGGUCCCAGCUGCAGAUCCUGGAAGUGAAGGAAGAUGGGAUCCAACUGUUUGAAAGUCACCAAGUAUUUCCUUUUCCUUUUCAAUCUCCUCUUUUUUAUCCUGGGUGCUGUGAUCCUGGGCUUUGGAGUGUGGAUCUUAGUCGACAGAAGCAGUUUCAUUUCAGUUCUGCAGACUUCAUCUGAAUCGCUAAAGGUCGGUGCAUACAUCCUCACUGGAGUUGGGGCUGUCACCAUGCUGAUGGGGUUCCUGGGCUGUGUUGGAGCGGUCAAUGAGGUCCGAUGCCUCUUGGGUCUGUACAUCACCUGUCUGCUGCUGAUCCUCCUAGCUCAGGUUGCUGCCGGGCUGCUCAUCUAUUUCCAGCAACAUGCACUGAAAAGAGAAGUGUCCAUCGUGGUCCAUGACCUCAUUCGUGAUUAUGACCCUGAUAAUCAAGACAAAAAGAGCAUCCGGGAUGCAUGGGACUAUGUGCAGGAUCAGCUCGCUUGCUGUGGCUGGACCGGGCCACAGAACUGGACGGAAAAUGAGAUCCUCCUGAACAAAAGCCUGACUUCCUAUCCCUGCUCCUGCUCCAGUGGCUCAGUUGAUGUCCAGCCUAAGAGUGGCUUCUGUGAAAUUGCUACUAAUAAGACUGUGUCAGUUGCCGACUGGCCUGUUUAUACAAAGGGUUGCAUGAGUAAUGUGCAGAACUGGUUACAGGACAACCUUGGCAUCAUCCUUGGAGUCUGCACAGGUGUUGCUGUCAUUGAGCUGUUGGGGAUGGUGCUGGCCAUUUCGCUCUGCAAGAACAUACACAGAGAAGAAUACAGCAAAGUACCCAAGUAAUGAGUCUUCUGAUCCUGGAGCUACUCCACCACAGAGGUGCAAACAGAACAUUCCUCCUGCCCUCAUCCCCCUCUGACUGUCCCAUCACACUGACCAUUACUCCAGUGAGAUCCCAUUUCUCUCAACACCGAGGAACUGUAGUGGCAUAAUACAAUAUGAAUCUUCUGGUGAUCUGGGCCCUGGGCAGGCCCUCUCCUGUCUCUGGAUAGUUCCUACUCUGUGAAGCGGGCCACUUAUCUAUCUUGCAUCAUAUGAUCUGAUCAACCUGGGAGGGCACGAAGUUUUCACUGCUAACUCUGUGUUUAACAGGCUCCUUCCCAUCUUUAUUCCCUUCCAGUCCAUCAGGCCUACAAUAGAGUAAUCCUCCUCCCCACGCCACCUCUCUUCACCACGUGAGCUGGGAAUCCAAUGAACCAGCAUGAAAACUGGGGGCUUGGCCUAUUGGUGAUGGGUCACCCUUUGGAGUACAUUGUGGGUGAAAGAAUGCUUCCCUUCCAAUUAGCCUCACAUUGUCUUCUCCCUGUCCUUACCCCCAUCCAACUCGGACUGAAUCAAGAACAUUCUAUGCUCAGACAGAUGCCCCUGGAUCCCCAAAAUCAUUCCUCCCAUUUCUGGAGUAAACCAAACGCUGCCUUCCAUGUAGCUCCCUUCCCCUUCUCGUUAGAUUAGAAGCCUCCUGGAAGGAGCCAAACCCACUUGUUCCAAGUGUGGCCCAUCCAGCAGCUUGUGAUAUCAUUGCUAAGCUGCCCUUGGGACAGAGGCAGAUGGGUUUUGGGCUUUGCUAAUUUCAGAGCCCCUUCUUCCAUCCCUAGUCCUCCCUUUCACUGGCCCCCGUUGGCUCAGUGGCACUUUAGAGACUGUUGAAUAGCACAGGUGUCUGUGGACUCAGCCCAGACAGGCUCUGCUGGGCAUGUUGUUGGGUUGCCAACUUUUAUAGCGGAGAUGACUCAUUAUUUUUCCAGUAUGCAAUCUACGAUUAAUUCUUUGUUUUUAAUUACGAUGUUAAGACAAAGGCAUCUAUAUCUUGAUUGCUGGCCAGGAGGGACAGCUCCCACUGAAGUCCUGGUCAUGGGGUAUAGGGAAGAGUUUGUCCAUGUUUGAAUUGCUGACUAAUGGCCACGGGGCCUGGAAUCACUCAUUGGUAUCUGGAUCAUGGGCUUUAAGAGGAGUCGCUCCAGUGAUAUCCCAAUAGCUGGCUCCACACAACAGUUGAUGGUUGGAUUGCAGGCUCCAUUCGGGGUGAGGAAAUGGGGAGGCUUGGUGCCUGGACAUCUGGUUGUGUGUGCAGUGAUGAUGUCGCUGCUAACUGAGACCUGGGGAAGAAGGGGAGUUACUGUUUAUAAUAUUCAGAGUACUAGCUUCCAUUCACCCUCCUCAUCAGGCCCCACCUCAAAGCCCGUAAAUGGCCAGCUUGUGACUGCAGCUCUGUCUUGCCUACUGUCCUCUUGGAAACUCAAAUGAGGUUGGGGUGUUCAUGCUCCUGGUGCAUGUGCUGCUCGAUUUUGGGGAUCCUAAAGGGAUAAGUGGAAACGGAUCUGGCCAUUCUGCUGACUGUGGCCAGCAGCAAGGGGCAGCUCUACAGAAUUCCCUCCACCCACCUCCCAAAAGGAGCUGGUCGGGGUCCCCAGUCUCUCUCACUGGCAUAGGAGGCUUGGGGAGAGAUGGUGCUGCAGUGGUGAUGGAAGUAAUUGCUCUUGCAGGGAAAGGUGGGGGCUACUUUACUUGGCCUAUGGAGGCAUUUCUAGUUAUGGAAUGUGAUCCUAGUCUUGGGUGCAGGUGCCUGGUGGGUGAGUCUGCCUUCAGCAGUGAUGUGUGUCAUGUAUCAGGGUAGCAUGAAGCCCUGUGCACUGACUCUCCAGGCAUAAUCUCCAAUUCCAACUAAAGGGGUAGGCUGGCUAGCUGCUCCUCCUUUGGCAGAGAGUAAAGACGUGCAAAAGCCUCCAGGGGAGUGGUAGUCUCAGCUGUGGGCCAAGGACUGAAUGAUCCAUGGAAACUGCAUUUCCCUUUCACCCCAGAUGCCGUCCCUCCAGGGAAAGGUAACUCUAUGUAGGCAGCAAGCAUUGGGGAAGGUUGCUAUCGCAUUCCUAAGUGAUUCUUUCCUGAAACCCCUCCUCUUUGUACAGAUCCCUCCAGCCUGAUGCUUACAAGGGCAGCACCUUUUUAUUGCUCUGAAGUGAAGCUAGCAUUUUCCCCCCAUCUGUUGUAGUAACUAGAGGUUUGUCCCCAAAGGUGGUUUAUUUGUUGGCAUCUGAACUGGCGAACAAGAGCCAUACGCUGAGCAGAAAGGAAAUGGAGCCCCUGCUGAGCUUUUCUUUGUCUUUUAGGAACCUCUUCCUACUGGAAGAAACGCAUGUACAGAUCUAAAAUAUAGAAGGUAUUUCUGCAAUAAAGAGAUUUGCUUAAACACCA